GCUACCGCCUCCGCCCGCCUCUCGCGCUGUUCCUCCGCGGUAUGCCCGCGCCGGCAGCCGGCGGCGUGAAGGGAAGCGGCGUCUCCCGGCGCCGGUUGGCCGCGAGGAGCGUUUGCUGACUGAAACCGCCGGUACCGAUCGCGCAGCGGACAACGGUCCCGGAGGGAGCAUGCGGGGGUAGCCCCGGCCGCAGCCCCUCGCACCGCCCCUCGCCCGGCCUCGGCGCUCGCAGCGGAGCUGGCUUCAGGCGGCCCGAAGAUGUUCAGCUGGCUGGGCACUGACGACCGCCGGAGGAAGGACCCCGAGGUGUUCCAGACGGUCAGCGAGGGUCUGAAGAAGCUCUACAAAACCAAGCUACUGCCCCUGGAGGAACACUACAAGUUCCACGAGUUCCACUCGCCCGCCCUGGAGGAUGCCGACUUCGACAACAAGCCCAUGGUGCUGCUGGUGGGGCAGUACUCCACCGGGAAGACCACCUUCAUCAGGUACCUGCUGGAGCAGGAUUUCCCGGGGAUGAGGAUUGGACCAGAGCCUACAACUGACUCCUUUAUAGCUGUUAUGCAAGGAGAUGUGGAAGGAAUUGUUCCUGGAAAUGCACUGGUGGUGGAUCCCAAAAAACCAUUCAGGAAACUCAAUGCCUUUGGCAACGCCUUUUUGAACAGGUUUGUAUGUGCCCAGCUACCUAAUCCUGUAUUAGAGAGCAUCAGUGUCAUUGAUACACCAGGAAUCCUUUCUGGAGAAAAGCAGAGAAUUAGCAGAGGUUAUGACUUUGCUGCUGUAUUAGAGUGGUUUGCAGAGCGGGUUGACCGCAUCAUUCUCCUUUUUGAUGCGCACAAGCUGGACAUCUCUGAUGAAUUCUCAGAGGUCAUCAAGGCCCUGAAGAACCACGAGGACAAGAUGAGAGUUGUUCUCAACAAAGCUGACCAGAUAGAAACCCAGCAACUGAUGAGGGUUUAUGGUGCUCUCAUGUGGUCCCUGGGAAAGAUUGUCAACACUCCGGAGGUCAUCAGAGUCUAUAUUGGCUCCUUCUGGUCCCAUCCGUUGCUCAUCCCUGACAACCGCAAGUUGUUUGAGGCAGAGGAGCAGGACCUGUUCAGGGAUAUCCAGAGCCUUCCCCGCAACGCAGCCCUAAGGAAGCUGAAUGAUCUCAUCAAGCGGGCACGGCUGGCCAAGGUCCAUGCCUACAUCAUCAGUUCCCUAAAGAAGGAAAUGCCCUCAGUGUUUGGGAAAGACAAUAAAAAGAAAGAGCUUAUCAACAACUUGGGAGACAUUUAUGCCCGCAUUGAACGGGAACAUCAGAUCUCACCAGGAGACUUCCCUAAUCUGAGAAAGAUGCAGGAUCAGUUGCAGGCCCAGGAUUUUAGCAAGUUCCAGCCUCUGAAGAGCAAGCUGCUGGAGACUGUGGAAGACAUGCUAGCUAAUGACAUCGCCCAGCUCAUGGUGCUUGUACGCCAGGAGGAAUCACAGCGGCCUACCCAGAUGGUGAAGGGAGGAGCCUUCGAGGGCACUCUGCAUGGUCCAUUUGGCCAUGGCUAUGGUGAAGGCGCUGGCGAAGGGAUCGAUGAUGCUGAGUGGGUGGUGGCGAGAGACAAGCCCAUGUAUGAUGAAAUCUUCUACACACUGUCACCUGUCGAUGGUAAAAUAACUGGUGCCAAUGCAAAGAAGGAGAUGGUAAGGUCUAAGCUGCCUAACACAGUGCUGGGCAAGAUCUGGAAACUGGCUGACAUCGACAAAGAUGGCAUGCUGGAUGAUGAGGAGUUUGCCUUGGCAAAUCAUCUCAUUAAAGUCAAGUUGGAGGGUCAUGAGCUGCCAAACGAGCUCCCUUCCCAUCUCCUCCCUCCAUCCAAAAGGAAAAUAACAGAAUGAAAGGAAGGUUACAGGGGACAGGGAAAUGGAGGGGAGAAAGAUCUAGAGAAAUGUUUACUUAAAUUAUACCUUUAGAUGUGAGAUUGCCUUUCAAUGUAUACCUAUUCUGCUGUAUGAAGAAAAAAACUAAAGCGGAGCAAAAGUCCAAAUCUUCAUGACAAUAUGCAAUCAAUUCUUCCAUUGUAAUGUCCCCGAUGUCUAAUGUGUAGCCUGUAAACAUGGAGGUAAAGAAAGGAUCUUGAGAUUAGAAGAAAUUGAGUAGCAACAAUAGAAGGAAAACUCAAGUGGGCUUCAUCUUCUCAGAGUAAGCGCUCAUAGAAAUCUGCUAGCUACCAGUGCCACUCCUGAGCUUUGGCCACACAUUGUGUUCUUAACUGGUUUUGCAAACCUCAGGAGGCAGAGAUUCUUGACAGCAAAGAAGAAAUCACAGAAAGAUCUCCAAGCUGUUGACCAAAUUAAGGAAUACCUCCUAAUUAAUAAGAAAUACCAAAUUCUAAGUCCCUUGGUUAAAAAUUUUAGGAAUCUGGUUCACUGUUAGAUGCAAGUCCUUAAUAAUAAUAAAAAAAAGAAACAGCUCUGAACUGUGCAUCUGGAGUUCCUCAUUAUUGACUGUGGAAUAGGCACUAAGAAUUCCCAAGCACCUCUGCCUCCUAUUCGUUCUCUGGGGGAGAUCAGUUUUCCCAAGUAUGGCCAAGGAAACAACCAUCCCAAAGGAAACAGAAGGAAGGGGCACUAGAGGCAGACCUUAGGUGGGCUGGAAGGGAAGAACACCCAAGCUCUCUGAUCCUUUCAGAAGUGGGUAGUGUUUUCUCCUUCAAACACCUUUAAACAAUGGUGGUAUUCAUCAUUCCUGUCAAGCGAUACGUCUACUGUCAUUGUGUGCAGUGAAAGUUACUAGGUCCCAUUCUUACUGUAAAGCCAGGAAUGCAGCACUGUCACGUAAAUGGUCUAUUGAAAGAGCAGAGAACGUGGAGCAGAGCUUGUUCCGCUGUCUGUGCCCCCACAAAUAUAACCUCGAUGUUAACAGCCUUCACCUACCCUCCUCCUCACCACACAGUAAUACUCAAAGCCCUCCAGAACCUCUACCCUGAGCCACGAGACCUUCCUCUUUUUAAUGCUCUAUAAAAUUUCUGUUUUCAAGACUUGAUUUUGACAGAAAACCCUCGAUUUCCUAUUUUAUCCCUCCCCCAACACACGCACUCACACAUGCACUCUUUUGGGUUUUGUUGUUGCUUUAAAGCAGCAUUUUGUUCCAGUUCCUGUUGUCACUUUAUAUAAGCUGAGUUCCUACUGUGAUAAAAAAAAAAAAAACAAGACAAGUAUAACUUAUUUUAUAUCUGUGUUCAUAUUAUAUAGAGAAAUAUAUUGUGUAUGUAGGAUGUGCUUAUUGCAUUACAUUUAUCACUUGUCUUAAAAAUGAAUGCAUUAACCUUUUUUGUACCCUGGUCCUAAAACAUUAUUAAAAAGAAAGGCUAGA